CUGUCAGGUAACAGCCGCGCGGUUGUGGGAAGAGCAAACGCCAAACUCCCCGCUAUUUUAGCUUUCAAGGCCAUUGAACCAUGACCAUACUGGUAAUCUUAGAAGCGCUAGGUCUGCGAAUCGUUCGGACGGAUGCAGCAUCGUCAUGACAGAUGUCCAGGCGUCGUAAACUUAUUCAUAGACGCGGGCGUAUGAGUUGUAUCGGGCAAGACCCCAAGGGAUGGUGGCAAUACUCAAGGCACAUCGUCACUUCCCUCACAUCACCCAUGGCUACCCGACCUUGGAGAAGACGAGAUGGACCUGGACGCGAAAUUUAGCAAAUCCACAUCGUCUCGCUCGAAAACGAAAUCGACAACCACAACCUGUGCUUGACCGGGGCUGUCUUCCAAUUGUUCGCACCGCACCGGUGGUAGAGCUGCUUCCAAGUGAACGAUCCCAGGGACUCCAAUAGGGGCAUCCCAUUCGACGUAACCAGUGAGGCAGUCUCCAGGGCCCUUGACUAUAUACACCAAACCCAUUGCUAUUGUCGUGUACUCGAGUCAUCACGGGGCUCUUCUCAACGACAACCUUGGCAGAGCCCGAAUCUGAAUCUUCUGACGUGGGAAGUGGUUGAAUCCCAAGCUGGCUCCCGGCGAAUCUGGACUGAAGGGACAAGCAGGAAGCACGAAGCACGAAGCUGGUAAGGGAAUUCCUCCGCAGGCUGGCAGCUGGCAGGCCGAUGGUUGGAAAAUUGCCCAAUGAGCCCCGGAUCGCAGGUCCACCUAUGGAACAACAACCAGAUGGGCAAUUAAUGGCGUUUCUACUUCGUAGAUCCACAAUCCGCUUCCGUACCAUCCCCAAGAUUUACAAACCUCUGCUUCUCCACAUCCCCUUCCCGACUCGACUCUGGAGUCUGGACAACCCAACCCUCGAUACGCCAACCUUGCUCCGUGCGGUCGCAAGACGGAGCAUGGUCAGCCAUACCCCAGACGGACUCGCAAGAUAAGGUACUAAGGUUAGCACUAUAAAAAAAACAUAGUGAGUGAGAAUGUCUUUUCGCAAGAUCCGCCCCUCGUUUGGCGACAGCAGCGCAUCCAUCAGCACCAGCACUCCAAGCCAAUCCACAUCCGACACUACGGGCUCUGAUCCACGCCGGGUCCGCGGCGGCUACAAGGAAGGCGAAAGCGCAGGAGCUCCUUCCACUUCCAAACGUCGACGAGUGCCAGACUCGGUGACGCGAAAUGCGUGUCUGAAUUGCAAGAAAGCGCGGGCGAAGGUGUGUGGUUGUCUCGUCUCCACUUGGGUUGAGAACCGCGGCGUGCCACCGAGACGGACGACGUGCGGGCACUCCGCCUUGUGCGCCGUCUCGGGCGCGCAUUUCCAACCUUUCCUGACCUUCCUGACCUUCACAGACUGACGAGGAAUAGUGUGAUGGGAAGAAGCCUUGCAAGAGAUGCGCGUCGAGGGUCGAGACCUCGGAGUGUGUCUACGAGGUCCAUAUCAAGCAUGCGAAGGAGGAGCUGGUCAAGCAGAUCAAGGGGCUCAAGGCCAGAGACCAUCUAACCGAUCAGAUCCUUCAAGCGCUGUCCACGGACGAAAAGGUGCCCGAAAUACUCGAACGACUCAAGAACGGGGAGGAAUACGAAAGCAUUGUGGAAUGGCUGGGCCGCUCGCCCAUCGAGGAUUUUGAAACCCUCUCGCCCCGGACAUCGCAGCAUUCAACUUUCGAGGUCUCGGAUGACCAUGAGAUGGGAGGGAUUGCGAAUGUCUUCAGGUGGACCACCGUGACAUAUGACUCGGCAGUGCUAGACCAUCUGUUCCAACUGUAUUUUGCCUGGGUCCAUCCAGUGCAUACCUUGUUCAGCGAGGGCCAUUUUGUCGAUAGUUACAAGCGCCAGUCGGACAAUUACUGCUCUUCGGUCCUUGUGAAUGCCAUAUGUGCUAUGGCUUGUCAUCUACACUUCCCUACCGACACAGACGAGGUAGAUUAUGAGCGUCUCCGGGAGGAAUUCAGCAACGCCGUACGCGUGAGGCUAGACUCAGGAGAUCACGCUGUGACCACAAUACAAGCGUUUGGGGUCAUGUUUCUGGUUGACUGUGCUCGCUCAAAAUGCUUGCGCGCUUCGUCCUACCUUAAAGUUGCGGCUGAUAAUCUCCUCAAUGUUGCAACCACAGAAGUAGACCCUGAGGUGUGGAAGAAUACCAUUUGGGGUAUCCAAAAUCUGACCGUGUUAGUUCUAAUGUCUUUCUUCCAGGGACCAUACUAACAGGCUUAGUGAAUGGGCACAGAUAACCUGCCAGGCACCUCAGGUCAUUGAGUUUCCCGUUUUUGACGCCAUUGCGGACACUGAUGUGCGUUUGGACCAUGCGAGGUGGUAUUUCUAUCGGCAGGCCAGUGACCAAUGUCCAGCUUGGCCAGGUCUCCUAGUCACAACAAACCGCGAGAAAUCGAAAUUAAUAAGGAUCAUUCAGGAGAUCUCUAGAAUGCUUUACUCGAGGACAGCAGUACCACUAUCUGCUUAUGAAGUUUUGCAGCAGUAUAGUAGGCUCACCACCUGGCGGGAGAAUCUCCCAAGCAUCAUUGGAGACGUAGACAACAAUCCAGGCCAAGCCCUCCCACAUGUGCUGUCUCUUUUGUAGGUGACAUGACCCCGCAUCUCUCUGCACUUCGCUAAUUCUGCAGGAUUCUCUAUUCCAAUUCAGUAAUCCAGCUCCUUCGCCCUUUGCUUGGCCUAGAGGGGUUCCAGGCCUCCUGGGUGGAGGAUAUCAUAUGGAAUCAUGCACAGCAAGGACUAUACCUUCUGGAUGAGCAUUACAGAACGCAGUACACCUGCCGGUAUCAACCUGUUCUACAGAUGUUUGCAAUUCUUCACCUCACUGAUAUUAUUGCCCGGUUUUUUCCUGGUGGCAAGGAAGGCGGAUCCAAAGAUGGGCCGGAUGCCAUAACCUUUGGUAUGGAUGCAUUGAUGCAGUCCUAUGUAGGAUUUCCUAUAGCUGGUCCACUCCAAGAGUUGUUGAGACGUAGUGCAAAUGAAUUAUAUAUUCGGCUGCCUCGAAACUUGAGCGAGAUUUCAUCUCUCUCAAGAGCCCCAAAGCAAACGUAUCAUCUGGAUGAUAUCAUUGAUGCUUGUACCAGGCCUACAUACCUCCAACCGGUUCUCGAAAUUCGCACAAGGUUAGUUUCUAGUUUUGCUGUGGACUGGGCAGCAGAGGGCGCCUCUUUCGGCUUCCCUGGGAUCUCCCGGGUCCACGUACCGUCGGCUGAGGAGCGGGGAGCGCAGAGUCUCAUGCAAAUCCAUAAUCUGCUCAAUUCCAAUUGAAGUUUAUGAGAGGGUGCUGUGAACGAGGAAUCGAGCUCGGACCUGGUUAACUCUCAUAUCCCAGUCUCGUGGUUUGUCAUGGGGAGGCGGGUGAAGACUGCGCGGAUCAGCAUCAGAAAAGGGAGGGUGACUGGUAUGAAAUCACUAACCAUUCUUGGAAAAUUUUGCAACGACCGCCUUUUCAAUUGUCCACAUCAGAUACUACUCCAAUAAAAUCAGCUUCCGUGCUUAGCGGACUGCUGAAUAUAAUCUCGGUUGCGCGCACACAUCAAGUCCCGUUUCAUCGUACUUUGUGGCUAGAGAUGGCUCGAGAGGUCAGCGCGAUCGUGUUCUUGGUGGUCGUAGGGUGAUCAAGCAAGGGCGUUGGUUGACAAUUCGAUGACCCAAGAGGUACCUGGAAACGCGUAAAGCCAAUGACCGUUUUCUUGUGGUCGCAAUGGGCAAUCCAACGGAGACACCUCCGCUCCCUACUCCCAGGCACUCCUCAGCUCAGUGCCCAUCUCCCUCCGCCAACUUUCUUCCACUGAAUAUGCGAAAUGGCCCCUUGUUCUCCCAUGCCUUCCUUCGAUGUCUGCUGCCAUUUUCCAUGAAGGAAUUCACGACAUCUCUUUCUAUUGUGGUCGGUGGCGAGCUUCUGGAUGUUUGUGAGAUUUUGCGACAGUUUGUUCUGGGGAAAAGCGAAAACAGAAUUGAGGGGGGUUCUGGAGCUUUGAAUCUGUGUCGCAGAGGGUUUGCAGCAAAUAGGAAAAGAAUAUGGGGUUUCCGAAUGACAUAUUUGGCAUGUUAAGCGGACUUUUUAUUUUGAUAGUCGCGGUGGCGGCCGUUCCUCCGAGGUAACAUAUUCAGGUGUGACCCAUAAUUCCGCGAGUUUCGUCGUCCCUUUGAUUGGGUCGAGACAACUCCUGCUAAGGUUAAGGGGCAGCUCAACACGAGCCCACCAUUUCACAUCCAUCCUGUCCUCUUUCUCCCGUAGCCAGCCCUUUUCUGAUUACGUGCAAAGAUUUGGGAUGCCGAGGUCAACGUGGACACUAAUGAUUUAUCCCACUGGAAGAUCUUUUUUCAGGCCGCGCCACCAUCAUAAACCAUUGCUCGAGGUUCUCUUCAAGUGUGGUCCCAUGGAUUCCUUGAGGCUCUCUCUUUGUUUUCUCGGUAUAUGCAUUGUCCAAAAUACCCUGCUUCCGAUUUGUCGAGAUUCCUCUCAUCUUUUGAAGUAUUAAAGGUUACCUCUAUGGCCUGAUAUAGGGAGAGAAGUUCGGCUCCAGAGGCGAACGAGAUGAACCAGUAGAAAGAGCCCAAGCCCACGGUAUCGGCUUUUGGCCGCGUGUUACCGGGUAGAAUGUGAAAUCUACGUAGGAAGUAUUUUCUAUUCAUUUCGCCACCUCGUUUGGUUUGUCAAUUCUCCUUUUCUCUCUUAGACAGAUCGGCUUUUUCGUGUCAGAGAAAGACCGUUUAUCCAGCAUCUCGAUCUCAAUCGCCCCUAGUUUACCUCGUAGCUCUGGGUUUCUUCGAUGUUGCCGCGUUUGCCUACGUGGGAGGAAGGGUGUUGAUCCAUUGGCGCUACCAGAGUCUUUGCAAUUGCGAGACGAGAUCAAUUCGUUGCCAUCAUUCAUGGUGUCUCCGUCCUCCGAAUGGGAACCGCUUAACUGUUUCAAGGGCAUCCAAAGCUGCUGACGGAUUCUCGUAUUCUUGCUGUGUGUGUCCAACAGAGGCACCCCAAAGAUAAUGAGGUGGUCGAAGGGCCAGAACGAAGGCUUGCGCGCAUGUUGCACCCUGCCUAUGAAGGUAGUUGAGAAGCAGGUUUCAUUCAUCAUUUGUAAAGUUGGGACAUUCAUUUCGUAGAGUUGUUUGUCGCCACAAACUGGAUUGAAAGCCUCCAGAUUCUUCUGCAUUGAACUUCUCGGUGCGACGAGGUAAAGAUGCCAUCUCGUUUUCGAAAAACGUGGUUCUUCCGCAUAUGCAGCCACUGCUGUCCAAUCCAGGGCGGAUAUCAAAAACUGCGAAGCUAACAACGGUAACAACGACACUGCAAGACAUGUCGUGUCGUGGGCGAGACUAACGUAUUUAUAGAUGGCGAUCGAGAUCAUCUAGUGCUAGGAUAGAUAUAUACGUGGGCGGCAUUGUUUGCUCAUUGGAGAACCUCGUGACGUGACGCAACGUGAGGUCCCGCGCUAGCAGUAGACGCCGAGUUGUUGUUAUCAGGACAAAUAUGUUUUGGUAUUGUCCUCGGUUCAGGUCCAGGUUCAGAUUCAGGCUGGUCAACGACGCUAAGAACUUCCAACUUGCUCACGUGAAUGGUAUUGAGAGCUCUCUACCAAGUGAAUAGGCCAGAUUCGACGAGUGAGGCAAAAUAUGCCAUAUCAUUUAACAUUUACUCAUGCUCAUUGGAUUGAUGGUGAAGCUGCUGCCAUAAUUACCUCAUUGGGCGAAUGUCGGCUACGGCAGAACACCCACCCGAUUUUCAAUACAACUACGCUUAUCGGCACUCAAAAUACAACAUACGUAUUACGACUGAUCAUCCACGCCACACGCAGGCACUUACUCUAACCGUGAAAAUUUGAAAGGUACAAUCGUAUUCGAUAUUCCUCGACUUGUUUUCAGAGCAUAUAUCUAACAUCUCCCAGUUUAUGACAUUGACAUUGACUUGACUGGCGCUCCCCUCCUUUCGUCCAAGCCCAAAAUGUCGCUCCCAAACGAAAUCUGGCGCGCGAUAUGCGAACUCUCCACGGUUGAAACGGUUGAAACCGCGAAGACUCUGAGGUUAGUCAACAAACAGCUCAGCAUCGUCGCAGCUGAGGUGGCGUUGAGAGUCGUACGCCUUGCUCUCUUUCCGCCUUCCCUCUCGACACUCUCAGAAAUGUGCAAUAAUUCCCAUUUCAGUCGACGCCCCGCACAAAUUAACAUUUGCGAAUGUCGUCUUAAAGAGGGCGUGCUCUUGCCCAAGCUGAAGACAUUUCCUGACUGGAAUGGGCGCAAGAACGAAGCUCGCAACCUUGAAACUGUUCAUCACCGCUUGUUCACCACUGAAAGUGCUACCAAAGUCCUCACGGACGCCAUCCGCGGCCUCCCGAAUUUGAAGAGUAUCGUUCUCGGCAAUCGCUACGGAGUUUGUCCAACUGCCAAAAAUAUAUCAAGUCAUUUAGGGACUGAAAAUUCCGUUUCCGAGUGUUUAGGCGCCCAAAGCCUUUUCAAACCCCUUGUACAAGCCGUUCUAGCAAGUAACAGGGCCAUUGAUAAACUAUUUGUACCAGCAUCCACUGGCUCUUCGUGUUGGUCAGUGGAGAAUCAACAAUGGAUGUAAGUUACAACAAUGGAUGUAAGUUACAACAAUGCCCUUUAGUGCUCUGAAGCUCUUAGCAAUAUACCUUGAGCUAGAAAAAGAAGUGGAUGUUAUCUCAAGCGAUCACCAGGCGGGAAACUUCCCGCCACCACCCUCCGCAGUACGGAGCCUUUUCGUUGCAGCGGCAAAUGUCGAGAGACUUUAUCUCAUGAAUUCUAGGAUGUACCCUCACCGCCAAGGAUUCCUUCCUCGAUGGAAUGGCGCGGGUGUGUUUGAAAACAUAUUAUGGCCUCGCUUACGUGCCAUGACAAUUACCAACUGCCGGUUGGACGCAAAUAUACUGACCACCUUCUUGAUACGCCACUCGAGGACCCUGCAAAGCUUAGCGCUCUACGGUGAUGAGUUGACUGGCGAUUUCGAUAAUGCAUCCGGCUCGAAUACCUGGGAGGCGGUAAUAUCAAUCCUUGCGAGAAACCUCAAGUUCAGCCAUGUGGCUCUGGCUGGUCUCAUGGAUCGGAGGCAGACGAGCAGCCUUGUCACGUAUCAGGCGACACCUCGUGCAAGUAGGAUUGAUUUUAACACGCUUCUGACAGCUUGGGAGGAGGAACUCAGACUUUACUUGUGCGAGUCCCGUGGAGAUCCAUCAUGGGCUGAAUACCUUCCGGUAUUUACUAAACCAAGGGUUCUCGCUUGCUCGUCUCGGAUCUGAGCUUGUUUAUGGUACAUGGGAUAUUUCGCUCGUCUUUGAAUAACGAAACUUUGACAAGAGUAAACUUCUGGAUUUCAUCGCGCUAUAUCAUGAUAUUUAGGGACUGUUCGGAUUAGCCAUUAUUUUAAAAUACAAAGACAAAGUAGGAUACCUGGUUGUUACUCUGUACACACUAUAUAAAAUGUUAUUAUACUGAAC